AACUUUUUGCCCAUCAGCUGAUAUGGACAAAUUUCAGCUGAUAAAAGACACACAUUUAUUUGCUCGACGCUUACUAUUUAAGGUUCUUUAUGAUAAACCGAAACAAUCAGACGGCAUUGAUUUUUUAUUGAUGGAUUACACUGAUCGGGAACUCCAGGCAAUGGAUGACCUGAUGUGUCUAUGGGAGGAGGGUCAGACUGGAGAUGAUGCCACACCAAGAUCUGUUGGUCUGGUCGUCUCUGGUGUGACCUUCCCUCCCCCGGCUUCAUACAAGCCCAAAUCGAGAUCUUUUCCAUCUUUACAGAUGAAUCCCAACCUUUGGGCUUUUGUUCAACAAGUGACAAAUGAAAUUCAACUUAUGGACUUGAACAGGAGGGUUGAUAAAAACUUGUCCCCUGCUCUGUUGAAAGCUGUGUCUGACUUGCAAAACCAUCCCGGAUUGAUCAUAAAGCCAGCCGAUAAAGGCGGAAACGUCGUUGUCAUGGAUGUCGGGGCAUAUGAGUCCAUGUGCCUCGACAUCCUUGGCAACAAAGACUGGUACAGACCGAUCUCUAAGACUUUAAUAGAAAACUUCAAUAAGGAGUACUAUGAACUGAUUUUUGAAGCCUAUCAAAAAGGCACGAUCGAUUUAAAUACCUGGAAUUUUUUGAACGUGAGGGAAUCCAAAAUCCCUACAUUCUAUGCACUACCAAAAGUUCAUAAAUCUUUAGAACAUCCCCCAGGUCGACCGAUCGUUUCGGGAUGCAACGGUUUAACAGAAAAAGCCAGCACCUUGGUGGACAGAUAUUUGUUACCACAUGUUACGUCUCUUCCCUCUUAUGUAAAGGACACCAUCCACCUGCUCCAAACUCUGGAUGGUAAGUCCAUUCCACCUGGAUCUUGGCUGGUGGCCCUCGACGUGGAGAGUCUGUAUAACUGUAUACCACACUCCAAAGGCCUUGAAAUUAUAUCCAUAGAAUUACAGGCACGUGGCCUAAACUCUGAUCCCUACAAUGCUUUUGUCCUGAAACUUUUGAAGUUUAUCUUAACAAGAAAUGUAUUUAUGUUCGACUCCUCCCACUUCCUCCAGAUACAGGGAGUGGCUAUGGGGACCAAGUGUGCCCCCAGCUACGCUAACCUGUAUCUGGGGGGGUGGGAGAAGGAGAUCUUUUCGAACAUAUGUCUGUCAAAACUGUUGUCUAAGGCCAUUAAAUGGUACAGAUAUAUAGACGACAUACUGAUUUUGUGGUAUGGCUCUAGGGAGGAACUCACACUCCUUAUGCAAUUAUUGGCUAUUAACACCUUCAACCUAAAGUUCACCAUGGAAUGUAGCCAAACUGAUGUAAGUUUCCUGGAUCUGCGUAUCCAUGUUGACCGUAUGGGUCGCUUGCAUACAUCACUGUAUCGCAAGCCGUCUGCGGGCAACACUGUUUUGCACGCGACCAGUGCCCACCCUGAACCACUCUUGGAUAGCAUUCCUUACAGCCAGUUCCUGAGGCUCAAAAGAAACUGCACCAGAGACACAGAUUUCCACGCUGCAGCUAAUGAUCUAUACUGUAGAUUACUCUCCAGGGGCUACAGUCGAUCCUUGCUCAAAAGAUCAUUCAACAAGGUGAUCAGACUAGACCGAUCUAAUCUUAUUUAUUCAAAUGCCAACAAACAACCUAAUAAAACUGACUCUAUCAGAAUAGUGACCAAAUUUUCGCAACAGCAUAUGCAAAUGCGACAGAUUUUUAAAAAAUUUUGGCCCCUACUUCUAGCCGACAAUACGAUAUCAAAAUAUAUAAAACCAUAUCCUGAAAUCACAUUUAAACGGACUCCCUCACUGAGGGAUCGCCUUGUCCAAAGUCACCACACCAGAAAGGAAUGUGAGACAUCUACUAUUAAAGGUACUUUUUCUUGUGGUAACUGUGACAUUUGUCGGUUUAUAUAUACCAAUGACGUCACUCUUUUACCCAACAGUCGCAUUCACAAACUAAAGUUCCGUGUCACCUGUCAAUCGGUGGGCGUCGUCUACUUGGCAUCUUGCCAAUGUGGAUGUUUCUAUGUUGGCAAGACCAAGAGACCGUUUUUUAAACGCAUUAGAGACCAUGUCAACCCUCUAUUUAAGCGUCUAAUGACCACUGCUUUAAAUAGACAUGUAGGUUGCCUACAUGACUUUGAUCUUAACGCUGUAAGUUUCUCAGCCCUGGAGCAUGUUCCUAUACAUGUUCGAGGUGGAGGAAUUGACCAGACCUUACUCCAACUUGAAACCAAAUGGAUACAUCAGUUAGAUGCCACUAAAUUUCCGGGGUUGAACGAAUAUAUCAGUUUCAAGCCCUUUCUGUGAAAGAAAUAUUUAUAAGAAAUUCUAUUAUUAUUAAAUAAAAUGGUGUGGCCUCUACGUUAUUCCAUCUAAGAAAGGUGUUAUGGUCUGGUCAUUUCCUCCCUCCUCAUUACAUCCUGCUCUAUUGCCACUCUCCAGCAGGUCCUACAUGUAUUAUACUUUGACCACCAAACUCUUUGCCCCAUAUUCCACCUAGUGGGCAAGUUCCGGCACUGGCUAAAAUCAACCCACCUGCUCCCAUUUAUGAUGGGGGCAAUAAUGUGUUAUAUAUUGCUAUAUAUCAUUAUAACAACCACAUUUACUUCCUUUGAAUAUUGAUGUAUAAUUUAUGAAUCAAUAAUAAUGUUGUCGAUUUUUGAUUGUAUGUAUUGAAAUAUACUGAAUACAUAUGUUUGUACAUAUAGUGUAAACCCUACAUUUUUCAUUUUAUUGGUAAAUAUGUUGUAUAUAAUUUUUUAUUUUGGCUUGGGUCUCUGGCUUGGCAAUUUUUCGUUUCUGGGUUCACCUACUGUAUAUGUGGGACUAGCUUGAGCCCCAAUUAGUUCUGGAGGUAAUGCGCAUCCUUCCCAAUAAGCCACUACAGCCCUUUUCCAUACAUCAGCCCAUUCACAUCCCUGUUCAGGGUCUCUCUCCCCUUCUUAUUAGUGAUUUUUUGUUUGUCUUAAUUCUUUAUUAUAUUUUGACUUCUACAAUAUAUGAUCUACUGCUUUUGCUUUCAUGUUUGAUUGCUUGGUUUGCCUUGAUCAGUCAGCUUGCGGUCAUGGUCCACGCCGCUCUGUGUAUGUGUGACUGUUUUGGUGCUGCUGGCUGGCAAUCGCUCUCUUUUAGUGCUCUGUGUUCCUCCCCUCUGCACUCAUACGUUUCCUUCCUUUUUUCCUUUUUCUCCAGAGUGCGGCUCCGCUGAUUGGCCGGUGUCAUCAUAUGACACGGCUGCUUCAGCGCUAAGGAGUGUGGGAAUUGUAGGCAUCUCAGCGACCAUGUGACCUCUGAGAUCCAAUCGCGAUGCACCCGCCUCCCCAACAGGCUAUAUAUAGCAUGAUAUGAUCAUUAUCUGUCUGCUACCAACAGGGUACUGACAGAUGUCUUUAUUCCUCUUAAAGAUAGAUGAAUUGAGGCUCUUCAGUGCCCAUGUUAUUGUCUUACUUAAUUCCCCUGUAUUCACCUUGAUUUUAUUACGCUUCAAGUCCUGUCAGUUGAACUUGGACUUCAAUAUCCACCCUGAGGGGGUUUUUCCUUGACUGGCUGUGCAUGAAGCUAGGAGUAAUCUAGAGAGACGAUCUUGUCCUAAUUCCCCUGAAGAAGCCAAGAGGCGAAACUAGUAGGGUCGACCUGAUCGAAAAAAUUAUUUCUAGAUCUUGCUC